AUGCCAUCCCUCUUUGUCAAAGGGGGCAGGAGAGGAUCCUUGAGCCUGGCCAACGGGUCAGAGAAAGAAAAGCAACAGCAUAUUAAUAAUGUCGGCGGUCGGAAAUCCAUGGACGGGGAUUCCACUGCUGCAGGUCAUCAUGCUCCUUCUGCUUUUCAUCCAGGUGCAAAGCUGAAGACUUUGUUGGGUAAGAAGACGAGCAAACAACACUUGGAUGCUUCUUCAGAGACCAGCUCUCAACCGAACGGUCAUUCAUCGACCCAACCGAACGGAUCAAGUUCAACCACGUCACCCGCAUCACCUGUCGCACGACAGUCAAACCCCUCAGUCGCCGAAGCGAGACGAUCGUCUCUAUCCCAGACUCUCUCCCCGGAGAGUGCUCAAAGCUCCUCAAACGGCACUUGGCAAGCCUCCUAUCCCACCGUCGUGGACGAUUCGUACGCCGAUAUCAGCCCAGAUGGACAUCUAGUCAAUGGCGGUACAUCGACAUCGCCAAAAAGUCCCGUGACGGCCAGUGAGAACGCAACGAGGAGAUUAGAGGGCAAAACAAGGGGACACGAAGCAGGCGACGAGCAGGACAACGACGAAGAGAAUGAUGCCUUGACAUCAUGGCCAGCUAUCAAACCCUCCAGCCCAUCGACAUCCUCGAGCCCAUCGGUCAAUGCCAUGACCUCGCCGAAAUCAGCCACAACACCAUCUCUCGCCUCACCUCUAGCCACCACACCUUCCAACUCCUCCCCUUUGACUCCCGCUACGCCUCCCCCCAAGCCGACAAUCAGAUCUCGACCCGAUAUGCCCCUCCGAAAAUCCACACUCAUCUCCUCUCCACCCAUGCCCCAACCCAUCAAAAACCUACCGACACUUGUUGGACUGCUCGAACUUGGCUCAGGCAUCCCAGGGAACGGUAACAUGCCUAGAACACCUGGCUGGGGAGGAUUGAUGUCUCCUCGAUUCCCGGGUACGCCAGGUACAGGCGCGGGCUUCCCGUGGUCCUUACCGAGUGUUCCUACCGCCUCACAGGCUAAAGACAAGCCAACGACAGAUGAGGAGGCACGAAAAAUGAGACGGGCAAUGCCUUCCCUGCUUCGAGAACCAUCGGUUCUCCCCGCACAUGACGGUGGCGAUGUCGGUGCGGAUGACGAUGACGAUACCGAGGAUGAAUCGGAGCCCGAGAUGGAGCACAUGGACGGCGAUUCAGAAGACGAGACUGAACAAGCUUCCGAGUCAUCUCCGUCAUCGUUCCACCAUCGACUCAAAGGCAAAGGAAAGGGCAAAGUCAAGGAACGGGCCAGAGCCAGCACAGGCGUAUCCUCCUUGGCUACGUCAGUUGUCAGAGAAGAAGACACGUCUCCGGGCGUUGGUAUCAUCACCACACCGCGUGCAGUGGCGACAAAGACCGACUUCAAGUCCUGGGCUCUGCCUACACCUGGCGCGACCGCCGAUCAUUCCGCGCCAUGGGCCAAAUUCUCCGCCGAGACGCCAGCGGCGCCGACACCUGCAUUCUCAUUUGGUAGGGCACCCAUGUCGACUGAGCGAACAGUCAAGCCAGAUGAGGACGGGUACUUUUCGCCGCACUACAGUCAAUCGCAAUCUGCUGCUUCGGGAGCUCCUGCAGCAGCGGCAGCUGCUGCUGCGGGACCUGCGCAGGAGGGUGUCUCAAGUAAUGCUCCUGAUACACGACGAGACUCCAUCGACGCUUCGAGUAUAACUGCUUCCGCCGAGGACUCUGAAGAAACCGCCGAAGUCGCAACUGCGCCAUCAACCAGUUCUCGACCAUCCUUCUAUUCUCGACCAUCUCGAUCCAUGGUCAAUCUUUCGACUGAGAAUUCAGCACAUACGCCAGAAACUGGAUCAGCACUCAUUCCUACUCGCUCACGCGAGCGACCUCACCCGACCCAAAUCAAGAUACCAGCCCGACUCACUCGACUCGAGGCCGUACUCACCCCUGGGUCUGAAUGGAAGAGGGCGCCGCCUACUCCGGCCGCUGGCUUCAAUGGCUAUCUUGCUUCACGAGGACUAGACAAGAAUGGAGGGCCGCUCAUAGCCUCCCCCUCAAUGUCAAGGUCCUCGUCCGCCCAGCGUCAACUCACGAGAAGAUUGUCCGCGGACGACCUCACGAUCUCUCCGCCUAGAUACACUCCGCCAGAGCCCGGUGUAUGGAUCCCGAAGCCACGAGAGGAGGAAGGCCGAGAGCAAUUACCCAAAUACUGGUGUGCGGUACAUAUGGAAGGCCAGCUCACUCGGAAGAAUGAGUUCUCCGCUCCUGGUGUCCAGGCCCGAGAUCGGUCUUGGAAGAAGAUGUACUUCAUCGUCAGAGGCACAUCCUUGAUCGUCUAUCGCUUCGACCCUCAUCGAUUUCCUCUCAAGGCCGAGGCCGGUCCCCUCGUCGAGAACGUCUCUGAAGCCGAGUCUAAAGAGCAUCUUCACGUACAUGUCCCUGGAGAGGUCAAGACGGCGGUGACUGUACCGAUCAAUGGCAUCCCGCCCGCUGCCGCAAGGCGUAACGAUACCCGACGAGCCUCUCUGCCAGGCUCAGAGUCAGGUGCAUCUGGAUCUAGCAUCGCCGAACGACGGAUGUCCGUAUCCUCUACCACCUCGGUCGCUUCGGAAGAGAAGGAUGCGCAGCUAUUCCCCAAUCGUGCUCGCUCAGCUUCAACUCAGUCCGGCUCGAGCGCACACAGCGGCACCACGCCGAUCUCCUCCCACUUCAGGGAGAACCAGUUGAUCAAGCAGUAUACCCUACAGAACGCGGAGAGCGGUCUCGCGGCGGAUUAUCUCAAACGACGAAACGUGGUCCGUGUACGGGCGGAAGGGGAACAAUUCUUACUACAGACAGACUCGGCCAGGGAUGUGGUCGACUGGAUAGAGGCUCUUCAAGCAGGGACCAACGUCGCUUUGGACCUGGACGAUCGUCCCAUGCCCAAGAUUAUCACACUUCCCCGACGUCGACGGAGAAGAAUACCUGGAGCCCCUGGAGCAACGGCUGCAGCGCCUGUUGUUCCUGCCACGGUCGCGGCAUCCGUGGGAGCUGCCACGGGACCAGAUACAGCUGCUGCUAAUGUUGCCGCUGUCAUUGCUGCUGAGAGGGCGUCGGGGAAUCCCACCUCGAACAGAAGUCAGAUGGAGAGAAUGUUGGUGGAGGAUCAAGCUGCCGUCACAGCAGCCUAG